CUGGCACUUGAUCAGGGGGUAUAUAUAGCCGGGCUGAGGUCUGUCCAGUCAGUUGGUGUCUUGCUUCCGUUCCUGGUUAUAUAAACUAGUCAUCUAACAGACGAACAUGUCGCCUCGUUGUUUCAUAAUGGCAGCGUUAUUGGCCAUCAGUACACAGGAUGACGUAACUGUCCCAUCAGAGACAGGCUUCAGGCCUCGUCCAAUGGUGACUAUACCGCCACCCACGAUUAAUAUAAACGCUACAUUGCCUGUUUCAGCUAUUGGAGGUGACGUUGCCUUCUCGGUGAAGAAAGCGGCAAACUUGACUCUAAGCCUACCAGCUACAGUAAGAUUUCAGGAGGUCGUGACUAAUGCUGGUGAAGCCUGGCAUCAAAACUCCAGCGAGUUCGUGGUACCAGUUGAUGGCGGUUAUUUCUUAACCUUUAACGCUGUUGGUGGCAACAGUAGCGACUUCACGAUGGCGCUGAUGAAGAACAAAGUUCCCCAAGUGAAUGCGUAUGGAACGCUAAGCCAUUUUGAACAUGCGUCCAACUCUGCUUUCCUGGAGCUCCACCGUGGUGACGUGGUGUACCUGGAGCUGCAGGAGGGCAUGAUCUACGACCACCCCUUCAACGAGACCUACACCACAUUCACUGGCUUCCUUGUUUAUCAUAUUUAAGUAUUAUUUUUUUUUUUUAGUGAGAUUAAAAGAUGGCAAUAUACAGAAUUAAUUAUUUAGCAUUUUUAAUACUUUGAUCUACUCUUGGGUUCCUACUAUGGGUUAGCUAUAGUUUGACGAUAAUGGCUGGAGUUUGUCUAAUUAUCCGAAUAAAUGGCUUUGGUCUAAAAA